UUGCGUAUGCGUUACCGCAUUGGUUUCAGUCUGAUUAUUUUGAAUAAUGCCUUUGUACACUUUUCAUGAACAUUUUAAACCGCACCGAGUUACAAAUAUCACUAAAUCAGUAGCGGUUUAAACACUUAAUAGCAGAGUCCUAGAGUUGAUUUUGUAGACAGCUUGCAAAUUUACCGCUUUUGGAUUUCUGGUGAUUAGACACCUGUUCCCCUUGUUAGAUACGGUCGAAUACUGCUGCAUUUUUCAACAAUGGAUAAAACGCAAUGGACUAUCGUCAUUCUCUUUCUCGCUGGUGUGAAGAUAAUCUUCUGGAUAAUCGUCUGCUAUUGGCGCGCGAAGCGGCGAAUAGCGUUCAUAUUGGCUCAGUCAAACGCCAGUCACCAUCGCAAUGUAAUCGUGGUCCCGGAAACGACCCGGGAUACGGCUCGUAUUCUACAUCACGAGUAUCGUGAUGAUGAGGACAAUAUGGGAAUGACAUGGAACCAAAAUCCGCUUGAGUUUACUCCUCCAAGUUACGCAGAGGCGUGCACGACAAAGUCGCCUGGAUAUCCAACGGACCGGCAACGCGCGUCGGGAAACCUAACAGGUCAAUCGCGCACGUCCGGCUAUCCCACAGGUCAACCAAACACGACCGGAUACCCAUCGUUCGACGCCAAGAAGGAGCCUCUUCUCGAAUAAUAACGUAAAGAUAACGCAAUUUGUAAGGCGGACAUGAAUGUUUACAUGCGAGACUUCAGUGGAUUGUGUCUUAACAAUUGUGAUGCAAACAUAAUUAACAUACAUUUUCAAAUAGAAACUCACUUAAGCUACAAGUACUGACGUGCAUUUCUGUUUUAAUAUUUUUUAUUGUUUGUAUGUUUUAUGUUUCAGAUGCUGUAUUUUUUUUUCAUAAAGCAGACGAUAACCUA